GACAUAGACGAAUGCGCUUUGAAAUUGGCUCAGUGUGACUCUUUCGACUACCCAUUGUGCGUCAACACUGUUGGGAGCUACGCCUGCAGGUGUGCUCCGGGUUGGGAGCUCUUCCUAAAGAACGAAUCGUUCAUUUCGCACCCGUUUCUGCGACGACACACUGGUCUUCUAACCAACCAAACCUGCAUACCGAAAAGAUGUCCGCUGCCGCUGAACGACUUACAGAACGGUUUCAUAGAGCUAUCGUCACCGUAUCCAGUAGUCGGAAGCACUCUCAAAAUUCACUGCAACUACGGGUACUUCUUCGCAGGCGGAUUCAGGGGCAUCGCUACGUGUUUAAACAACCAGACAUGGUCGUUGAAAGUUCUCAAAUGUAUCCGUAAGUCAAUAAAUCUAAGAUGUAUUAGAACAUUUUAGGC